UCACGGCAUCAGGCUACUUCAUAUCAAUCCUUUCCACGGUCCACAGAACCAAACCUUGAUAUGAGCAUCUGAUCAGACGGCAUACGAGGAAGAUCAUGCCGUUAUUUCCGUAGGAGCCAUCGGUGUAUAAAUUCACCCUCAUCGUCCAGCAUAUCUAUCGUCUCCUCACCGCAAACAUGAAGUUCAUCGGCACCCUCCUGACCCUCUUCCUGACGCUCACCAGCACUCUCAGCGCCCCCAUCGCCGAAGAAGGCGCAGAGGACGUAUCCGCCGCCUCCCUCAAGAGAGUUGUCUUCCCCAACUACCUCGUCCCAAUCCUCCAAGACGACCCCGACACUACCUUCCCCACGCAAUACACAGGCGACGUCUCCUACAACGGCCCCAGCGCCGGCAACGAAUGGCGGCUUCUCGUGGGCUUCGACGUUCCCGCGAAUGUCGGCACGCGCUGCUCGAUCAAGUUCCGCCUGCCCAUGAAGGAAGACGACGUGGGAGGCUAUGAGUGGGUUGUUGUCGGCAGCGGGAAGCUGGAUGUCUGGAGCCUCAAGAGUAUCAUCAUUAAUGGUGGCACGUCGUGGAAUAAUAAGCCCGCGAGGACGACGGUUAAGCCGCAGUUCGUCAUAACGCAACCGCUGGAGGGUGGAGAUGCAAUGGUUGUGGGUGCUACAAUCCCGUGCAAGGGUGGUCAGCGUAUGGACUUUGAGGUGGCAGCGAGUCGCCCAGGGUUGGCGUUUUUCCACUGGUUCGAAUUGACGGAUCCUCAGAGCGGGAUUACGCUGAACAUGUAUACGUGAAAGGUCCGUCUCAAAGGGAAGACAGGGGAUUUCAAGAAGGAGGAUCAAAUUUUCAAUUGCUCUUAUGUACGAUCGCGAAUGAACGAGAAGUCUGGUUUCUGCACAAGCAA